GGCGGGCGAUUUGAAAUUAAUCGAGCGCCAAUCACAGUGCAUUCCGAUUGGAUGAAGUCCGACCGCCAGUUAACAGUUUCCCAUUUUGUCCUAAAUUGUUAUUCGCCGCCAGCCUGCUUGAAAUUAAUAAACCAAUCGCAGCAAGUGGAUCCUUUAAUAGGCAGUCGGUGUUCAGCCAAUCAUAAGCGAUGGGCCGGCCCUUCCCAGCGGAAUAAAAGCCUGUGCUGGAGCUCGUUUCGUCUAUCUUGUUCCUGUAUUUCAGUCUGUGUUCUCAAUUCCGAAGCAGAAUGGCCCGCACCAAGCAGACAGCGCGCAAAUCGACUGGCGGAAAAGCUCCUCGCAAACAGUUGGCGACCAAAGCGGCGCGGAAGAGCGCUCCUGCCACCGGCGGAGUGAAGAAGCCUCAUCGCUACCGGCCCGGCACCGUGGCUCUGAGGGAGAUCCGGCGCAACCAGAAACCAACCGAGCUGCUCAUCCGGAAGCUUCCCUUCCAGCGCCUGGUCCGGGAGAUCGCUCAGGACUUCAAAACCGAUCUGCGUUUCCAGAGCUCGGCCGUCAUGGCCCUGCAGGAGGCAAGUGAGGCUUACCUGGUCGGGCUCUUUGAGGACACUAACCUGUGCGCUAUCCACGCCAAGCGAGUCACCAUUAUGCCCAAGGACAUCCAGUUGGCCCGCCGCAUCCGCGGGGAGCGCGCCUAA